GCCAAGGAAGGGAGGUGCCCUCCUCGCCUCCCAGUUGAUUUCCGCGCCCCCACCCUGGCCAAAGCAUCCUCGAAUUCCGGGUUUCCAAGCCAACCACCCGGCAAGGCCUUCUGCUCGCCUGGAAAUGGCUUGGAGUGGCUCCACUUAAAACUUUUACUGGAACCUGCCGGCUCGCCGCCGCCGCCGCCGCUGCUGCUGGGCCCUUCCCCUCGGCAGCUGGGAGUAGGGAAAGCGAGGCGAUCAGGAGGACAAAGCCCCUGUAGGAAGAGUCGGGGAAUUUCGGACAGGCCUGCUAAGAGUUGAAGCCCGCACCCUCCCGGCGGCCACUCCGUGCAGCAGAGGCACAGACCGCGGGGAGGGAGACGCACUUCUAGGGAGGAGGAAACCAGCGAGUUGCACCAUCAGGUCCUUCGCUCUGUAACAUAGUUGGGAAGAAGCCUGAGCUGAUGCCAAACAAGCCUCUUCUGGGGAUCUGGUUUCUGGGACACACCUUCUUGCCACACAAAAGUGCAACAACUCAUCAGCUUUGGAAGACCUGGAACAUUUUGCCCUCUAUUGAUCUUCAAGUCAGAAAACUUGUUUUUGUCAAAGGCAUGGAGGGUGUUCAAGCACAAGACAUGGAAACGGAGGGCUCUAAUCUGGAGCAAAGUGUGACUCAGUCACCUGCAGUAGACACCAGUAGUGGCCCUGGGCCAGUAAAAAAUGGUGAGACUCUUAUAACGGAAGGGAAGGCAAAUAUAAUUUUUCCAAGUGCCAACGAAGUGUUCUACAAUCCUGUCCAGGAGUUCAACAGAGACCUGACGUGUGCAGUCAUUACGGAAUUUGCUCGGUUAAAGCUUUCGUCAAAAGGAAUUCAGAUUGCAGUCCCUGGGGAGAAAAAUGCCUCUCAAGUGAUUGUGGAUCUUUCAAAAGGAGAAAAAGAGGAAGAAUUGGAAGAGUCACCCACUGGAGAUCAGCCAGAAGAGAGGGAGAAUAAAGUUGCAGCUGUGGGGGAAGUGUGCCAGGAUGGACUCCGAGUACUGGAGGCCUUGGCUGCUUCAGGACUACGCUCCAUCAGGUUUGCCAAGGAGGUGCCUGGACUUUACAGUGUGGUGGCUAAUGACUUCUCUUCCAAGGCUGUUGAGCUCAUAACCCAGAACAUUCAGCUCAAUGACACAGGGCACCUGGUGACUCCAAGCUUGUCAGAUGCCCGGAUGCUGAUGUACCAGCACAAGGCAGCCAAAGAACAAUUUGAUGUCAUUGACCUGGACCCAUACGGCAGCCCUUCUGUGUUUCUGGAUGCUGCGGUUCAAGCUGUGAGUGAAGGAGGCCUGCUGUGUGUCACAUGCACCGACAUGGCUGUCAUGGCUGGAAACACUGGAGAGACCUGCUACAGCAAAUAUGGGGCCAUGUCUAUCAAGGCCAAGUUCUGCCAUGAGAUGGCCCUGCGGAUUAUCCUGCAUAGCCUAGAUCUGCGUGCCAACUGCUACCAGCGCUACAUUGUCCCACUCCUGUCUGUCAGUGCUGAUUUCUACAUCCGUGUGUUUGUGCAGGUCUUUACUGGUCAGGCCAAGGUCAAAGCUUCUGCCAGCAAACAAGCCUUUGUCUAUAAUUGUGUGGGUUGUGGCUCAUUUCACAUCCAGAGACUUGGCAAGAUGGCUAACAAUGGAAAAAACUUGAACUACAAGGCUGCCUGUGGCCCCCCCGUGGGCCCAUCCUGUGACCAUUGCCACCAGCGCCACCAGCUGGGUGGCCCCAUGUGGGCGGAGCCUCUUCAUGACGUGGGUUUUGUUCAGCGGGUCUUGUCAGCAGUUGCGAGCAACCCAGGACGCUUUCGAACAAGUCAGCGGAUUCAGGGCAUCCUGAGCAUGGCGACGGAGGAACUCAGUGAUGUCCCUCUCUAUUACACACUCGAUAAUCUCAGUAAAACCAUUCGCUGCAAUAGUCCUUCUCUGCUACAGUUCAGAUCAGCUCUCCUCCAUGCUGGUUACCGGGUGUCACUGUCCCACGCCUGCAAGAACACCAUCAAGACAGAUGCACCACCAUCUGUGCUUUGGGACAUCAUGCGCUGCUGGGAGAAACUCAACCCUGUGAAGAGAGAGCGACUCUCGGAGAGCAGUCCGGCUGCGCGCAUCCUCUCUGUGGAACCUAAGCUACAAGCAUCUUUCACUGUCCGGGCCGAUGCCAAUCCCAGCUCACGAAAGCAGGGCCUCAGACGGUUCCAGUUGAAUCCUGAGCCUAAUUGGGGGCCAAGAGCAAGAGCCAAAGCUGGGGGUGGGAUCUCUUCCUCUUUGCAGGAGAAGAGCAAGUCACACCAGAACAAGAGGAAGGAGUGUGUGGAAGAGAGUGAUGGAAGCCACCUGAAGAAUUUCGCCUGCAAACGGUUCCGGCAAGGCAGCUGUUCACUUGGAGACAAAUGCCGCUACUCCCAUGAGCUGGAAAAAGAGACAGAGCAAAGUGAUAACAGCAGCACUGUGAAGAAACAGCCCUGAACAUCUGCUUUGGGUUUUUUUAUUUUUGCAGCAACAGAAAACCUCUUUUUUAAAAUGACUGUCCAUUAUAAUGUGCCUGCCAUUAAAUGAUGGUGUCACCUCUU